UCACGUGGCGGCGGUGCUGUACUGUGGAGCCGCUGGGUGGUCAGCGAGCGAGCUGUCAGCGCGGCUCACGGAGAGAGAACUCAGCUGGGCUGGAGCGAGGGGGCUGAGAAAACAUCGUUGUGGACGUUUCCCUUUUUUUACCCAGAGGUGUGAAAACGGCAACGGAAAGUUGCGAUAUACGCAGGAUUAGCUAGGUGUGAACAACCAUGGGAAUCAGAAAAAAGAACAAGAACCCACCUAUACUGAGCCACGAGUUUAUUAUCCAGAAUCAUGCUGAUAUUGUUUCCUGCCUUGCAUUGCUCCUCGUUCUUGGGCUGUUGUUUGAGGUUACUUCUCAUGUGGCUGGUUUGUUCAUAACCGUUCAGCAUAAUGUCACCAUAUCUACAAAUGAGGGCCAGGAGGAGUUGGCUGUCAAUUACUUCCAUCAUGGCCCAAAGGACAUGGCCACUGUGUUCUUCUAUAUGCUGAUAGCCAUCAUUUUCCAUGCAGUCAUACAGGAGUGUCUGCUAGAUAAAAUUAACAGGAAGAUGCAUCUAUCCAAGAUCAAACACACCAAGUUUGAUGAAUCCGGUCAGCUGAGUGCCUUCUACCUCCUGUCCUGUGGAUGGGGAAUUAGCAUACUCCUCUCGGAAAAUCUUAUGUCAAGUCCUGUAAAUUUAUGGGAAGGCUACCCCCACACUUUAAUGCCUGUGGCUCCCCCUCCCAGCAGGUUCCAGAUGAAGUUCUUCUACAUUUCACAGCUGGCCUACUGGCUCCAUGCUCUGCCGGAGCUGUACUUUCAGAAAGCCAAGAAUGAAGACAUUCCACGCCAGCUGCUGUACAUCAGCCUGUACCUGGUGCACAUUGGAGGAGCCUACAUCCUAAAUCUGAACCGGCUGGGAUUGGUACUGAUGGUGUUGCACUACUUUGUGGAGCUUCUCUUCCACGUGUCUCGCCUUAUCUACUUCAGCAACGAGAGCCGCCAAGCUGGGUUCACGGUGUGGGCGGUGCUCUUCGUCAUUGGUCGGCUCCUCACCCUAUCCCUGUCUGUUCUCACUGUGGGAUUUGGUCUAGCGGGGGCAGAACACCAAGGCCCAGAUCUGACCACUGGAAACUUUAACAUGCCGUUGAUUCGGGUUGCGGUGCUGGCAGGAAUCUGCGCUACGCAGGCCUUCAUGGUGUGGACGUUCAUCAACGUCCAGCUGCGCAGGUGGCGGGAAUUCCAGCAGCAGCUGCGGAAGUCAGCUCCCCCGAGGAGCAGCAGGCCCAGGAGAGACCGAGGAGGACCGAAUGCGAUUAAUGGAGCGUUGGGCAAUGUGCCAGAUUCACCAAGAACCAGGAAAGAGAAAUCAUCAUAACCCCACCCCCCCAAGGCCAAAUGGUCGCCCAGACUGAUGGUCCAUCAUCUGCAAUGACACUGUUGCUUUAGUAUUUCAAAGAGCAUACUUUUGCACGCACACACAUACACGCUCAUUCCUGCUUUCUAUCUCAGGUUAGAGGGACUUCAGCAUUGAGCAUCAGCAUGUAUUUUCCCCCUUUUCUUAAAUCGUGAAAUCUUCUGACUGAAAAGGGAAUAUGAACAGAACUUUAUUUUUAAGUGCCUAAAAACACUGUAUAUUAAUGGGUUCUAAAUAACUUCCAAGUUAUAAGAUUUUAAGUUACCAGAAUUGUGUUUUGGAAGCUCCAGAUUUGAAAAUGAUUUCCAGAUUUUUAUGCAAACCGCUUAUGUCUUUGGGUCCUAUGAUAUACUUAAUACUUCAGGUCCUUACUAGUUCAGUGUAAGUGAUCUCUGUUGAAUUGAGGACUUUAAACCUUUGCCACUUUUCAUAAUUCUUUUUGUUGCAUGUGAGGGUGUAAUACUUGUGUAAAUGUGUAUAAAGCAUUGUUAUUUCCCCCUCGAGUACUAUGCUAUAAGCUUUAAUGAUACAUCAGGGUUGAAUGCAGUUAAAUCAUUUCCAUCAUUUCCAUCAUUUAAUUGGCUGGUGAAAAUAAAUGUAUGUUUUACGGUAGGCCUGAACAGUCACACUUUUACAUGAAUAAUUAUUUGUCGAACAUGUGGGGUUCCAGGCAGAGUCGACACUGGCACGGUCAGGGUUCGAUUCGUACAUCACUGCAUCAAGGUCUCGCGCUUUCCAUGGGCACACCGCCACUUCCCAGUUUUUCCUCCUUUUCAAAUCCUGUGUGUUUUUAUGUAGCAUUGUACCUGUUUGGAGUUUGAUGUUGUGUAAGUGUUAUUCUCAGGAAUGGGAUAUUUUCUGCAACUGAUUCUGGGCCAUUUGGGAGAGUCCAGGAGAAAGAAACUGUUGCUGACAGCUCUGUCAGCAUCACAUGUUUCUUUCAUCUGAAUAUAUCCCCACAGA